AUGGCGAUUCCUACUUUUGUCAUAGUCAUGAUUGUUGUCAUGUGCUGCAUGAUCCUUUUGGUCCUCGUCUUAGCUGCAUGCCAACACAAGAAAGUGAAGGCUCGGCCGGGCCACGGCGGGCAUGCGCAUCAUGGGCUUGUCGGCGGCGGCAGAAGACAUGAUGUUGAGCUUGGGCUGGCCGCUGGUGCCGGAGCUGGUCUUGCUAUGGAUGGUGGUGGCGGCGGCGGCGGCGGUGUAGAUGGGUGUGGCGGUGUCGGAGGAGGCGGGGAUGGUGGUGUUGGGGGAGGAGGUGGCUUUUGUGGAGGUGAUGGGGGAGGUGGUGCUGGUGCUGGUGCUGGUGCUGGUGGAGGUGGGGGAGGUUUUGGUGGAAUUUGA